CCAUCAUGAGUGCGCCCGCCGCGCCGCCUCCGACCGUACCCUCCGUGCUCCUCCCCGAGCUGCUCGGCUUCAUCCCACAGUUCCUCCUCGACGACAUCAUCAACAUCGCCAAUGACGAGGCGAAGCAGAGCGUCGACGCGAUGGAGCAGUUCCUCCAGCGCUGGGCGGACGCGCGCGCGGAGAAGGCGGCGGAGUGGGACCCGACGCAGGAGAUAGAGCAGGGCCUGGUGUCGUUCCAGACGCUGCUCGAGUCGCACGUCGACGUCGCGUUUGACUUCUUCGAGGCGUGGUCGAUGCGCAACAUCUUCGCCGUCCCCGCGGACCUGCCUAUCGUCGCGCCCCACCAGGCGGGCCUUGACUUGGAGCACUCGCCGGAGCAGGAGCAGGAGCUGCUCGCGGAGAUUGACGAGUUGCGAAGAAAAGUACACGCACAACGCAAACUGAAGCGUUUGUACUCGCGCGCAGUGCGCAGAUCUGGGAAAGAUCUUGAGCACGCCCGCGAACGCCUAGAACGUCUCUCUUUCCUCCGCGCACCCCAAAUGCAAGCACUCCUCGCACUCCCAAGCGAGUUCGAGAUGAUGUUCGACUCCGUCGCCUCCCUUCCCCCGCCCAACCCGUCCGACGCCGCGCUCGAUCCCGGGGCGGUGCCAGAGCCGGGCAAGCGGCCCUGGGAGACGAGCAAAACCGGGUACCUCAACUGGGCGGUGGAACAGCUCAUGCAGCGCGCAAAGGAGAGGGCGAAGAGCGAGCCGGCGGGCAAUGCGUUUGGGGAAGGGAGCUCGGCUGUGAGUGCAGCUACUGCGGCAGCGUAUGAGGUUGGGAGCGCGCAGGACGUCAGAGCUCUGUUGGAGCGCAUGGGUGGCUCAGUCGAGGGGGGAAAGGAUGCGGACCAGAUGGAUACGAGUUGAGAUGGAGCUGAGUACCCAAGGAUUGCUCUCGAUGCUCUGCCUAUUUCUGCGGUAAAGGUUGUACUUACUGUGUUUUUUUUUCGCCCUGUUGUAUGUUUAGUAGGACUGUAUUUUACAUCUAUAUGUUCUAUAGCGACCAAAGCAAGCCUCCCGAUCUCAC